AUGUGCCAGUGGAGGACUACUCAGAUCUGGAGUUCGUGCGGCUGUAGUCACGUUGACUAUACUCAGCAGCCCGGCACUACUUGCCGAUGCAUGGCCAACAUCACCGACCAGGGCACCACGAGAUGGGAAGGAUACUGCAACCGUCCUGAGUGCCGUAACCCUCCUCGGGCCUCUUACGAUCCACGCUACCCUCGAAGAAAAGGGGAGAAAUUAUGA